AUGGCAGACCAAGAGGAUGACCCUCCGCGGCGAGGGCGCUCUCCAGCGCCCAUCGAUACCUCAAACCAUCACGUUCACUUCGAUACGACGAGUGUAUCCACCGACAAUGCAUCGAGGUCGACGUCUGCCAUGACCUCCCCGAUGACGGUGGACUUUAGGAACCCAGACGCCAACGACCAGCAACUACCCAAGUUUCCUUCUCUGCACAUCGAUCUGCCACACGGCUCAGGACCGUCGAGGCAAGCUUUCUUGGGAGGCGAUGAUGAGGGCGAUGACGAGAGCAUAUCACGCCCUUUCCAACGAGGCACGAGUCCGAACUUGGAUCUGAAGCGAAACAAGGGUGCAGAAUAUGAAAAGGUUGGAGAUAUAGGAGUCUGCAAAAUGCACAAGUUUACGCUAUACGAAACCGCAACACGCUAUUACUUUGUUGGGCAGGAUAUCAUGGAAACCCGUUUUCGCAUCUUGAAAAUUGACAGGACAUCCGAUUCUGGAAAUCUGAACAUCUCAGAGGACGAGAUUGUUUAUACACGGAAGGAAAUGGACCAGAUAUUGAACGCCAUCGAGGAUGGGAACAAGAGUACUGGCGGAUUGAAGAUACGGACCGUCACAUGGGGAAUUAUCGGCUUCAUUCGCUUUACUGGAGUAUACUACAUGUUGGUGAUCACCAAGAGGAGCCAAGUGGCUAUGAUCGGUGGUCACUUUACCUAUGCGAUCGACAAGACGGAACUUAUUCCAUUGACAACUGGGCCUAGCUCGCGCUUCAAGCCAGACAUUAGAAAACCUGAGGAGGCUCGUUUCAUUGGCAUUCUCAACAACCUAGAUCUGACGAGAUCAUUCUACUAUAGCCCUUCUUACGACAUCACGCGUACUCUACAGCGAAAUAUAAUAGCAGAGAGAGAUGCGUUAGCGAAGGGCAAUCCAUAUCCCCAUGAAAUCGAUUACAAUGCAAUGUUUGUGUGGAACAGUUAUCUCUUGCAACCGGCCGUAGCUGCUCUGAAAAAGACGUAUGACUGGUGUAUGCCUCUCAUCCAUGGCUACAUUGAUCAGUCCGCUAUUUCGAUUUACGGUCGUACCGCGUAUAUCACAGUCAUUGCCAGGCGAUCAAGACAUUUCGCCGGUGCUCGGUUCUUGAAGCGGGGGGCCAACGAUCUGGGCUAUGUCGCCAACGAUGUGGAAACUGAACAAAUCGUUUCUGAGAUGCUGACCACGUCUUUCCACGCGCCGGGUCCGAAGCUCUUCGCUAGUCCUAAUUUUACAUCAUAUGUCCAGCAUCGAGGAAGCAUACCACUCUACUGGACCCAGGACAAUACGGGGGUGACUCCGAAGCCACCUAUCGAGCUCAAUCUUGUCGAUCCAUUCUAUAGCGCUGCUGCUUUACACUUCGACAACCUAUUCGAGAGAUAUGGUGCACCAGUCUACGUGCUCAACCUCGUCAAAGCUCGAGAGAGAACUCCUCGAGAAUCGAAGCUCCUCCACGAGUUCACAACCGCCAUAAACUACCUCAACCAAUUCCUUCCCCCGGAAAAGAAAAUCAUACACAAGGCAUGGGAUAUGAGCCGUGCUUCGAAGAGCCGGGAUCAGGAUGUGAUAGGUACGCUUGAGAGUAUUGCUGAAAACGUAGUUACGACUACUGGCUUCUUCCACAACGGAGAUGGUAAGAUUAGUAUGCCCAAAGUUCAGAAUGGAGUUGCGAGGACGAAUUGCAUUGAUUGUUUGGACCGAACAAACGCCGCCCAAUUUGUGAUAGGAAAGAGAGCGCUGGGACAUCAGCUUCAUGCUCUUGGAAUCAUUGCCGACACUUCCAUCGACUAUGACACCGAUGCUGUCAAUCUUUUCACACAUAUGUAUCACGACCAUGGAGAUACUAUCGCUAUCCAAUACGGUGGCUCGCAGCUCGUAAACACCAUGGAGACCUACCGAAAAAUCAAUCAAUGGACUAGUCAUUCGCGAGACAUGGUAGAAAGCUUUAAGCGAUACUACAACAACUCAUUCCUCGACGGCCAACGCCAAGAAGCAUACAAUCUUUUUCUGGGCAACUACGUAUUCGUGCAAGGCCAGCCCAUGCUCUGGGAUCUUCAAACGGACUAUUACCUUCACCACGCGGACCCGCGCGCCUGGUCCAGCGAAAGAAGACGCAGCUAUAUCGACUGGUACACGCCCGCAUUUCUCGAGAAACGCGUCCUCCCAGCACACGUCGACCCACCGGCCCCCUUAAUUCACAAACCGCUUGUCUACUUUGAUGACUACUGGGUUGAAUACUACAAACCACGUUCUGUGUCCUCUCUUCUGAAAGUAUUCUCCUACAUGGGCAAGCUCAAUUCCACAAUUCGCUACAUCCCCGUGCGGUCUACGCAAGAAGGUCGAUACGAUCUCUCUCCCUUCAAAGUGCGCACCGAGCUGGACCAAGACGUGCCUGACAAGAAGAGGACGCGCAAGGAAGUUACCAUCCUUGAUCCCUCCGAGGAAACCGAAAGCCAAGCCAUAGAUGACGAUAAUUCGUCCAUCAGGUCUAGCGUUACGAUGAAUACGAAAAGGAUCUCGAUACAGAGGUGGCUGCAACCUAUCCACGAGAAGACGGAUGCACACCCGAGCAUCAUGAAAGAGCCACAGCAGCCAACCCUCUCCCCGCCCAAGCAAAAAUUGACGCCACUAGACAAGAGCAAAGCCGCGCAAUGGACCUUCACGCAAGUUGUGCACGAGUCGCUCAACCCAUCCGUGUCCGCACAAGAAGAGACGGACUACGCGCGCUACAUCUCACAUCCACAGACACUGCCGCUGGUAGUCAGUACCGAGAUUCCUGGAGAGAUUGACGCCGAGUACCUGGAAUAUGUGAAUGGCAGCUGGAAGGACGUGAGCAUUGUGACGAGCGAAGGUGAGGAUGGUGCGGAGGGAGGGGAGACAGAGGAAGAGAUGAGAGCUUUUCUUGCGGUGGGCGAGAAUCCGUUGGACGUGAAGGAGGAUGAUUUGGGGAAGAAGAGAUAUAGGGCUUAUCGGAAGUGGUUGAUGGGCAAGAGCUUAUUUAAGCAACAGCCUGUUGAUUGA